UCUGUGGGAUGGCGGAAGAAGGAGGAGAAAGCGUGGUCGACGACGACCCAGUCACACUGCGUUAAGAACAUGUGGAACACUUAACGGGCACAUUUAUCAUGGGAAAGUACGGUCCUAUCGGAACGGUCCUCUUGGUGGGGAUCCAAGUUGGAUUUAUCUUUUGUUAUGAAAUGACAGUACACAAUGGUUUAGAAGACGAAGAUCAUAUUGUUAACGUUGACGGUUCGAGCAAUGAAAGCCAUGCCAACCAUACGCAGCAUGAAGAACACAGUUCGUAUCAUGUCGUUGUAUGGGACUUUGCACGUGUGGCGUCUCCUUUUGUUAUAUCGGCAUGGAUUUUACUGGCAAGUGUGGCGAAAAUAGGUUUUCAUCUCUACAACAAGCUGUCCUCCAUUUUCCCAGAAAGUUGUCUACUGAUCGUCCUGGGUGUAAUCAUUGGAGUCAUCCUCUACCUCUCCAAUGCAUCCAAAGAAGCCUACACCCUCAACGCUGAAACUUUCUUUUUGUUCCUGCUGCCACCUAUUGUAUUAGAGGCAGGAUAUUUUAUGCCGAGCAGGGCAUUCUUUGACAACAUCGGCACCAUUUUGAUGUUUGCGGUGGUUGGCACGCUUUUCAAUACAUUCUGCAUAGGAGGCUCCCUCUAUGCUUUUUCGGGAGGUGUAAUUGGGCUCAUGGACAUUCGCAUCAGCUUCCUCCAUUGCCUGGUCUUCAGCAGCCUCAUCUCUGCGGUAGACCCUGUCGCUGUCUUGGCAGUAUUUGAAGAGAUCCAAGUCAAUGAAGUCCUAUACAUCAUUGUAUUUGGGGAAUCCUUGCUGAAUGAUGCUGUGACAGUGGUCCUGUAUCACAUGUUUGAGACAUACAGCCAUAUUGGAGAGGACAAUAUCACAGCCCAAGAUGUCCUUGCUGGAAUUGCAUCUUUCUGUAUAGUUGGCAUUGGGGGAACAUUGGUCGGGGUGAUCUAUGGCCUCAUCACUGCAUUCAUCACGCGUUAUACGGACCAUGUGCGCGUGAUUGAGCCACUGUUUGUGUUUGUGAUGUCAUACCUCUCGUAUCUGACAGCCGAAAUCUUUCACCUGUCGGGAAUUAUGGCGAUUGUGUUCUGCGCCAUCACCAUGAAGAGGUAUGUGGAAGCCAACAUCUCGCAGAAGUCGCACACCACCAUCAAGUACUUCAUGAAGAUGAUCAGCAGCGUCAGUGAGACUGUGAUAUUCGUGUUCCUUGGCCUCUCAACUGUGGUGGAUACCCAUGAUUUCAACGUGGGAUUUGUCCUCCUCACUCUGGUCUUCACACUCAUAUACAGAGUCAUAGGUGUGAUAAUCCAGUGUGCCAUUGUGAACAGAUUCCGUCUGCUUAAACUGAGCAAGGUUGACCAGUUUGUGAUGUCAUAUGGCGGCCUCAGAGGGGCCAUUGCCUUCUGUCUUGUGAUACUCCUGGAUGCCAAAGUUAUACCGGAGAAGAGGAUGAUGAUCACUGCGUGUAUUGUGGUGGUCUUCUUCACUGUGUUUGUACAGGGAAUAACAAUCAAGCCAUUGGUGAAUAUUUUGAAAGUGAAGAAAUCGGAGAAGCACAAACCCAGUAUGAAUGAGCAGUUACAUGAAAGGGCUAUAGACCAUGCAAUGGCUGGGAUAGAGGACAUCACCGGUCACCAUGGACACCACCACCUUAGAGACAAGUUUGAAAAUUAUGACAACAAAUAUCUUAAGCCACUUUUGCUACGAGAGCGUCCAGUGACCCGUGAGACAAAGAUUGUGAAAGUCUCAACCAAUUUGAGUUUGCGAGAUGCUAUGGACCAUUUGGCCAAACAUGGAUCAUUUGCAGUGUCCAACGAUCUGUACAAUGGGAAUGAGACUUCACUGGCAAAACUGAUCAGGAAUUAUUCAGCUAGCUCAUUACAUUUUCCAUUGGGUUAUAUGCCCCCAGCAGGUUUGAGCCACAGUCAACAGAGUGAUCAUGCAGACAGGGAGGGAGGCAUCACCCCCAACAGCACGUGUAUUGACAUGCAGGCCAUUGAGGCCCACUACUGCAAGAAGAUAGCAGACGACACCAAAAUUCACCAUAUUUUGGAUAACAGUUUGUUUAAGCCAAGGAAACGGUGGACUAAGCACCAGAAGCAUGAACUGGACACAGAAAAUCACGCUCCAUUCCGACACAAGGCUCGUCAGCAUAUCCGUCACAUGAUCAGCCAGCAUCAGAUGAAGCGCAACGCCAAUAAGGCCAAGGUCAAUAAAAACGGCACAAAUGGAAAAAGUAGUAAAAAUGGCGGGGUUAAAUACUUAAACGUCCCUGGAGAAGCUGUGCAGAGAAAACCAACCAAAAAUGUCAGUUUUGCUGACGACUUGGAUACGGAGGGCAAAGAUCAUAGAGAGCCUCCAGUUAAGUGUAGGUUCAGUGACGUCACUGAAGACAAAGAGGAGGAUUCUGAUUCCAGCUCGGAGGCAGGGAUCAUGUUUACUGCUGGACCAACGGAAGAUGAAGAGUCUGAGCCUGGCAAAAACAAGGAAAAAUGUGAAGACACUCCACUCAUCUCCGAGGCAACGCCAACAGCUGUGGAGAAACAGUUACCAUGGAAACGAAAUUCUGGUCGACAACCAAUAUCUUCAUCCUUGACGCACAGCCUUCCAGAUGACGACAUUCCACGAAUGAGUGAGUGCCCAUCUUGGGUAGACAACCUUGAUUACAAUCACAUCUCUUCGUCUCCUGCCGCUUCACUGAACAUCAGCCCCAACAAUUCACGGAGCAUGCCUGUAUUAAGUGUGGUACAACAACUAAUGCAGCCUGCAGUCCUCGAGGAGGAAGAGGAUGAAGGGGACACAGUUGCCAUGACAACAGAAAACAGUGAUAAGGAUGUUAACAGUGACAUGGUGGAAAAGGUUGUGUUUUCAGCUGGAAGUGAGCAUGAACAUGAGGGGAAUUCUGGGAUAGCAGAUGCAAGUAAAGAGGAAAAAACGGAUGUAUCUGUGGAAAAACAAAAUGAGGUUGAAGAAAGUAAUGGUGGUUUGUCAUUUUCAUUACCAUGGCGACGUCAAGAUGAUGAAAGUGAUCAAGGACCGGUAAGAUCACCAUCUGCCAGUCACAUAGUAGAUUCCUCUCAGAACUUCGCUCCUUUACCCUCCAAUCGCAGCUUUACACUUAGUGAACGUGAGGAGUGUCUGGAAUCCAAACACUUAAAACCCAUCAACCUGCAGUCUGUGAUAUCAUUGCCAAAAUACAACGACACAUAUCCAGAUAGCCAUGAUGUGUUUUUAGAACAAUCUGAUGUGCUGAAAAGUCUACCUCAGUCUGAUGAUCUUGAUCCAGACGACCGUAUUCACAAGUGGUUACAACAUUCACCGGAUGACCUUGGGUCAGAGGAAGAGGAGGAGAUUGAGGAAGAAAUGAAAAAGAGGAACAAGAAAUGGGAGGAAGGGGACAAUGAACCUUUGGAAGUUGUCGUUGUCCCUAAUGUUGAUACCUCAUCUGCAAACAACUGUGAUAACACAGGGGAUUCCACAGCGAGUGAAAAGAACUGUAUAGAUUCUUCAAGAAAUGGAAGUAAAUCCAACAUUGGGCUUAAAAUGGACAAGACAGACCCAGUUAAAAGUGAAAAUAAAUCCAGCUCGGGGUUUGUGUUAGACUGUGGGGAGGGGCCCACUGCCAUUAUAGUUGUAGAUGACAAGAGAAAAGAUCAGACGGAAAAUAAGGAGAACGAUGCCGAGACAUAUGUAUAAUAUUGUAUAAAUUUAGUUUGUACAGUAUUUAUUUUAAAACAAUUAGAUUGGAUAGGUACUAUUUAUUUAUUAAGGCAUUUAGUUUGUAUAGUGUAGAAUAUCUUUGUGUUAGUAAUUUAUUAGCCAUUCAUUCUCGAUGUUAGUAUAUCUUGCUAAGUUGGUAUUUUUUUUUCUAAUUUUUUUUUAUUAUGAUAAGUUGCAUUUUUGAAAUUUUACCCAACAAACCAUAACAUGUUUUGAGGCAAAUUGGGGUUUCUGAGUGAAAUGGUUUUCUGGUAAUAGAAUAUUUAUAUUCUUAUGCAAGAGAAAGAGAAAUUGCAUAAGUACACAAGAGGUGGUUUCUUGUAGACAGGUAAGUGGAUAAGUGUUUGUGUGUGUUGUGGCUUCAGACGAUAUCUUGCAUGGGACACAAGGAAAUUAAUUUUAGAUUAGAUUUUAGCAAAAAAAUAAAUGUUGUUUUGAUAAAUUUUCCAUUCUACUAAGAAUAUAUUUUCUUAAAGUAAUCUAUGGCUUGUGUUAGAAACCAAACAUGCAUCCAGCUUUAACCUUCAUAAUUAUCAAGCAUCACAUCUCUGUCAGACAGUUACUGAAGGUCAGAAAAUAAGUCUAGGAGAUUCCUAGAAAUGAGGUAAGCGUGGGUGACAAGUCAUGUGAACUUGAAUGCUCGAUAUUCAAGGAAAGGAUGACUUCCAUUUACAGGAAAUGCAAAUGCUCUAGGAAAAGAUAUUUGCCCUCAGCUUUGUGCAUAUAUUCUGGGGAAAUAUCAGGUGUCAUUAAGCACAUUUUCACAACGCGUGAUAUUUUAAAUGAUGCAGGUAUAUUUCUAUGGCAGAUGUUCACUUAAGGGCUGUUCUUACCAAGUAAUAAUUGCAUGGGUCAGAUGAGAACGUUGCCAGGUGAAGGUCAAAGUUCAAGGGUCAGAAGGUCAUUCUUUACUUUAAGAGAAGUUCUUAUUGGGACAGGAUGGAUCAUACUGUAUAAUGCAGCUCUUGAUUCUGAUGCUUAAUGGCAGUGAAGAAGUGACGCACUACACAAUAUGUUUGAAAGAAAUUAACCAAUUAAUGUGCUUUUCACCGACCUGCUGAAAUGCUGGGAGCACUGUUGUACUAUAUUAUACACAUAGUACAACAGUUUAUAAUACACAAUUUAGUUAAAUCUUUCUUAAGUCUAAAGUGACCCAGUGACAUCACAUGAAGGCAAAAGUGAAUGUUUGUGUCACUAGCUUUGUGUAGAGUGUGGAAAGUCGUUGGAAGGGUGAUUGUAUUUUUUGAUGACACGUGUACAGCUUACCUCAUAAGAACUUGCUUUCUGACCUGUAUCCAAUUAACUUUUCAGAAUUGUAGCAUUUUUUUUUCUGGAUAGGACUCGCACAAAGCAUUGUUUUGAAAAGUAAUAUACAUCACAUUGUUUUUUAAAUUAAUUCUGCAAACACCUUUUGAUAGGACUUGCUACAGGAAAUGAUAGGAAACAUUAUUCUGUCUGUGCAAUGAACUUGAUGUUGGUGUCAGAAUGUGCAGAGGAGGCAAGUAUAAUUAAUACAUAUUCCCACUCACUGAACAGUUAAUUAAGUGUUUUUUUUUUCAUUCUUCAGGAAACUAAUUUUAAGACUUCAAGAUAGCAGUAAAUGUGAUAUAUCUUAUAUAAUUAGUAGACAUAAUAUAAAUAUAGGUAAAUGGGUAACUUGGAGAGGAUAACCUUCUGUAUGAAGUGUCCUUAAUGUCUGGACAUACUUGAAUCUGGUACUAAAAAUUGUGAGGAUCACACUGAUUAUAUUAUUUAUUGAUAUUUCAAAUAAGUUAUAUAUUCAGUAUUUUUUUUUCAAAUGAUUAUGUAUUUAGCUUAUGUGGUUAGAUUUAAGGACAUCCUGUACUUGUUAUGUAUGAGAAAUUUAUUGGAAGAGAAAACCAGAUUUUUUUCCAAAUAAUUUUUGUUUGAACUACCUUUUCUCUUUUUUGUGUUUUUAUGUGUUUU